GACUUAUUUUUGUACCGUUUUUGCCAUCGCUAGAAACGACGCCAGAAUUAUAUCAAUAUUAUUAAAAAUGGUUACGAGAACUUGCGCGUACAAAGAUUGCGAAUAUUACUAUGCCCUCCACGACAACGGGCACACCAAGCAAAGAACCCUGUUCGCCUUUCCCAAACAACCGGAAAGGGCUCGAGUGUGGCGGGUAAAUGGGAGGGUGCAUCCGAAGAUUCCCCAGAACCAGCUGUUUAUGUGCUCCAGUCACUUCGACCGCAAGUUCAUAUCCUCUUCGAAGCAGCGAACGCUCCUUGUGGGCGAGGCGCUGCCAUUUCCGUACGAGGAAAGGGAUCCCGUACCCGAAGCGGACCUCCAACAAGUAGCCUCAACGUCGCAGGAGAGCUACUAUAUAAAUUUGAGCGAUGAUGAACUGAGCAUUAAUACCGUGGACACCACCUCAAUCACCAAAACUGUUGAUCCAGAUCUUGACCUUGACAUCGAACCGCCACCCGCCAAAUGCCCCAAGAUGCCGUCUAUUGUCCUUUCUAAAAAGGACACUUCUAAGGCGCACCCCUGUCCGGCUGCGAAACCUGUUAGUAUUGAAGAGGAUAACAUGGAGACCAUCGAUACCUCCGAAGUGACCGUAUUUAAUUUUAAGGGCGAAGAAUUUGUGCAAAUGUCCAUGGAGUAUUAUAUGAGUGAAAAGCGGAGAAUGAACGAUCUUCUAAAGAAUUACAAAAACGCUCUAAGUAGCAUUAAAAAACAAUUGUCCGAGCUGGACCUUUAACCGAAAUAAUAGUAGAAAAUUCCAUCAACUCACUGACUGGAUUUUAUUUGGGAUACGCACCUGAUUAAUUUAUUUUAUAGUACUUAAAGAACAUACCAACUGA